GACAAGGACGUGACGUGAAGCGUCAACACGGACACUCAGGAAGCACGCAGCGAGAGGCAAGCAAGACGCGACGGAUGCGACAUUCGCACACUCAUGAACGGUCUGUCCGUGCCAUGCAGGGUGUUGUUUCCCCAGUGCUCAUGAUGCCCCGGCAGGCAAUUCAGGCGCCGCCCCGCCUUCCCCCCCCCCCGACCCCCAGCGGACAUGGCCGGUCUGGUGCAAGCAAAUGUACCAGCCACGACUCCCUGGAGCCUACUUUUCCGCUGCACGAUCCACUUCCACGUCACCACCCCUAGAGGUCUGUCAGUCUGAGUGUGUCGUCAUCCCUGUCCUCAGACAGCCCUCUCGCCUCGAUGAGUGCAGGAAUGCCGCCCAUUAGCCCUUUGAUGGCCCAUUUGACACCGGGCCGCCCUUUCUGCAUCCCUGUGGCGCCACCAAGGACGGAGCCAGCCAGACUGGAGAGCAGCAGGGCCACGCUGCCAAUUCGACAAACCUCCACCCACAACGGCUGCACACAUUCAGACAGACAGUGGGUGCUACCCUACCCAUGUCUAUCCAUUCAUCGGUGUUGUACCACUGAGAUGAGUCCAGUGGUCUCUUGCUGCUGUAUGAUCAGCUCCUCGGUGCCCCUGCCCCACGCCAGAGCGACCACAAGGGCGAAGGCGGCCAGGUGGACGCGCUGUGGCCAUCGCAGCUGUAAAGCCUCGAAGCGGCGCUGGUUGUCCCUUCUUCUGAGAUCGCCGCGUGAGUCUUCCGAGAGCUGAUUGCCGCGCUGGAACAGCCGCUCGUCCAGCGCAUCACGGGCCCGCUUCUCCUCCGCAGUCAGCUGUAGCGACCACAUACAUCGACAGACAGACACAUCAGAGCGUUUGUGCUGCAUUGUUGCCAGCUCACCGGUUUGGUGUCCUCAGACGAGACAAAUGGCAGCUCCUCGAGCAGCACAAUGCCUUCCUUCAUUUGCAGGUCGGCCGCCGUCAGCUUCUCGCCCCUCCUCUGCCGCUCCACUGCCUCUGCGCAUGCAGUAAGGUUCUGGCGGGACAGGGCAGAGCGCAAGGCAUCUUCUACCAGCCUGUAUGUUCACACACAUGAGUGAAACCAGGCAGGUGGCACCAUAUGUAGCAGUUUGCUUGGCGUACACUGAUGGCUGCGACGGCUGUGGUGCUGUCCUGGAGUUCUCUUGUGUGGUCGUGUCUUGUUCCCUGAUGCCGAGGCGGUCAUUGAGCUCCGACAUACCGCCGUUCCUCAGGAUGGGGCGAAUCAGAUAGCCGUAGCCUGCCGCUCGCAGCUCGUCAUACGUCACCCGCUUUGCCCUCCUCAACCUCAUGGCCAUGAACUCCUCCAACUCCUCCGCUACCUGCUCACACAAGACAGCACACCGCCAUCAAUCAAUUGUCUGCCAUCGAUUGUUCGACUCUCAACAUGUCUGCCACUCACCCACCCACCUUAUCCAUGCUUUCCCAGUACGACACCCGCCUCAGGCGAGAUCUCAGCCGGCGCAGCUUGGCCCAUGACGGACGUGGAGUGAAGCGGCUGCCGAUGAGUGAUGUUGCAGUGUCGUCAUCGCCUUGGCGGGCCCUGAGAUGAGUGCGGCUGACUGCAGGGGGCAAGGGGAGGCAGGGUUGGGGUUGGAAGAGUGGCAGCGAUGAGCCGAGGCAUGCUGACGAAGGCAGAGAGACCGCUGCUGUUGUAAUCGUCAUUGAAUCAAAAUCUGACAGAUCCACGCCAGAACUGGCACAGGGAUGUUGACAGAUGCCUGCC